AUGGCUGCCAUUGCACAAGGACAUCAGGUCCACCCCGAAGGUCGGACGUGGAAGAGUCAUUUUCCCAAGGGUGAUCUUUGGGAGCUUGAUUUGGAAACCCCCUCCACACUACGCGCGUACCAGGCUAUAUUAGUGGCUAUGUACGACGUUUUUGGCAGUACUGACCACCGCGGCACUCCCGAGCAACCGGGUCGAGUAGUCACCGUAAUCGAGCGAAGCUUCUGGGAGACCUUGGAUGAUCCGCUCGCGCACCUGGAAUCCGAAUCUUCCUCCACAGGCAAAGUCUGGGGCGCGGCGUACCACAUCCCAGCGUCUCACGCCGAGGAAGUCCACGACUACCUGGACGAACGGGAGAUCGAUGGAUACAGCGCGCACUACACGCCUUUCCACCCCACAACCGAUGUCCAAGGAAUGACCGGAUCUGGUGAAGAUCAAGGAUCCUCGCCAAUCAUCUGCAUGGUUUACAUCGGGCAGCCGACUAACCCGCAGUUCCUUCGUGAUGCGGCCCAUCGCGAGCCGCAACAUGUGGCACAGGUCAUCAGCGAGGGACACGGUUUAAGUGGAAAGAAUUCUGAAUAUCUGUUCAUGUUGGAGAAGGCUCUUGAUGGCAUCGGGCUUGGUAGUGCAGAUGUUCAUGUUACAGAUUUGGUGAAGAAAGUCAAGGCCAUUGAGCUCGAGGGACUCGCAGAGGCUGAGGAGAAGGAAGCUGAAUUGCAGGUCACAAGGUCUUUGGAGGGCGCGUCUGAGACUGGUUUCGGAGAUGAUCGUUCGACAAUUGAAUGA